AUGGACCUUCAGCUUCGAAGGUCCGGCCAAAAAGCUGCUGAUGAGCUCCUCGACGAGAUCCGGCAGAACCGCAAAGAGAGCGUAGAAAUGCAGGCGGCUCAGCAGCUCGAGUCCCGCCGACACCAGAAACUCGUGGAUGAGGCCAAAAAGCAAGGCUCCGAAGUUGCUGAUAAGGCAGGCAUGGCCGCCAAGCUUGCCAGACAGUUUAUGUCGAAUAUGAUCGUUGACAUUAGUGAUAUCAAGAUCUCGAUCGCAGAGCCUGAUGAAACCCAAGCAGUCGUCGCGGCGGAGUUGAAGGCCAUUUUCGCACAGGCCGCAAGCGACGAGGACAUACAUCGUGCGAAGACGACGGAUGCCCUGAAGGCGAUGAGAACAAAGAGUUCAAUCAUCCAGGCCGAUGCGGACAUUUCCAAGGAGAUUGGUUUCAAGGGCUUCUUGGUCACCUGCGGCUUUGGGGACGAUGUGGACACGCUGGUGUCUUUGCAGCUCUUGCAGAUCCUCUUCAACCAGCAAGACCAGCACACUAUCGUGUCUUUGAAGUUCGGUGAAGAGGGUUCUGCAGACUUUAUGCGCGCAUCUUCGGACCAACUCCGAGCCCUUGUGACGAUCAACUCGUGCUUGAACCGGGAGUCGACGCGGCUGCAGGCACUCCUGUCGCAACACGCAGAUGAAGUGAAUCUGGAGUCGGCCUACGAGGUCCAGAAACUGAAGGACGAGUAUGUGCACUACUGCUUGCGGGACUACCGCGAAGAGCUUGAAAUCCUUGGUCGCAGAGACUUGAAACUGGAUGCCCGUGGCGACCGCCGUCUGCAGACGUUGCGGGACAACGUGCCGCUUCAAAUGCAGGCGAAGUGGUUUAUGGAGGUGGCGGAGCAGCUGGCCUCUGCGCGAUCAAUGGCUGCAGGCCAUGCUCCGAGUUGGCAGAAGAGAGCCCUGCUCUACUGCGCAUGCUGGCAGGAGGAUGAUUCCCAGAUGGACGUCACUGCAGAAUUGGAGAAGCGGAAACAAGAGGUGCAGGCGCUUCAGGACGUCGAAGUCCCCAAGAAGAUGAACGUCUCUGUGCAGAUUGCGCAUCUUCGUUCCGAGAUCAUCGGAAGCCAGCAGGAGUCUAUCUUGCUGGCUGAGCUGAACACGGUGGCAAUGUUCGCGAGGUAUGAACAGAAGGUGGAUUGGAAGAACAUGCCGGCCGCAAAUGUGGAGCUCCACUUAAAGUUGCAGAGGAUUCGAGUGACACACGAGGACCUUGACAUGCUAACCUUUGGAGACGGUAACGACGAGCCGGCGUUCCUCUUCGACGUGCAGAACCGCAUUGAAGCAACGCGAACGGUUGUGUCGCUGACGUCCAAGAUGCAGCCGCUCCAGUUUACCUUCAGGGACAGCUUCCUGAAGAGCUUGAAGAUGCUUCAGUACGAGAUCAAACAGACACAGCAGGACCUUGCCGUGGACCUGAAAGUAGAGACAAAGCCGACCAAGUUUGCUGACCACAGUCCCACUGGUUCGGAGUUGGCACUGCAAAGGGUGGCCAUCAGAAACAAGUCAAAGAGCGGCAUUCUCAAAGACACGGCUUCUGCGGCUGCGCCCUCUGACCCGUAUGGCUCGAGCUAUGAGCAGGCGAAGGCCUGGAUGGAGAGCGAGGCCGGGCAGGAGAUGCUCAGCAAAGCUCGCGAGAGAACUCCGAAUGCCCUGGAGGUGGAUGUGGAGCUGUGCGCGCCGCGACUGCACUUCAAGGUGCGUGAGAAGGCGUCAGUGGAGGUCUCUUUCGGCACGCUGAAGCUGAAGACCACAAGCGAAGAUCACGACAUUGACGAGCUGGACAAGGUUGAGAUCGAGAUGACUUUACAAAACACUCAGCUGUCUGUCCGAAAUCGAUCCGGGUCGGAGCAUGUCCUCCUCUCGCCUGUGAUGCUUUCUACGACGUUGUUCUACUCGCCGAAGGUAGCGCAAGUCUGCGUCCUUUUGGGCCCGGUGAAGAUCAAUGCCUCUCCUGUAAUGCUGCAGAUCCUGGCCACCGUGCCGAAGGUGCUGCAGGAUGCCCUGGCUGAUCCAGUCGAUCCAGACGCACUGCAGGCUACGCAAGCCGAUGAGGAAGCAACGCAGGUCAAGCCGACUCUCCAAGAAGCGCAGCUUGUCAAGGCCUCAGCGAAGAACGCCGUCGCGGUGUCCCAGCAGUCGAUCAAGAAGUUGAAAGAAAAGACCGAGGCGAAGGCAACACCGAAGCAGACCUGGCAGUUCGUUCUGGACAUGGAGCACGUUGAGGUCGAACUCCGAAGUGACGCAGACCCAAAUGCGCCUGUGCUUCGUCUGAACGGUUGCCUGCAAGCAGUGGAAGUGCGAAUGGAGGACGACAAGGUGACCGUACCCUUAGAGACCUCAGUGAUGGCGGAUGGCGAUGACCCUGCAGGCCUGGGCCAGAACUGCCAGAAGCGCAAACAAAUGCUCCGCCUGAGCGUGGAUGGCUACAACAUGGAGGUGGGACGAUUCGAGCCUGCGCUCGAGUCCUUCGAAUUGGCUUGCCAAGUCACAAAAGAAGAACUGACAGGUCUGCACGUUCAUUUAAUCGGACGGAAGCCCCUGCUGGUCAAUGUCAACCCAGUAUUCCUGCGUCGGCUCACGUGGUACGGCAAACGUUUGGCUGACUCUCUGGUUCCCAUGCCCGAGAACCCUGGACCGACUCCAGUGCGCUACGCCUUGCUGAACUUGACACACGUGAAGAUGAGGCUGCGGAUGAGGCUGGCGAGUGGCGAGGUGGCCUUCAUGGAUGUGGCUCCUACUGGUGAUGCCUGGAGAUCGCUGGACCAUCUGGAUGUGGCAUUUCCCCCGCUGAUCCACAUCUCCGUCGCAGCUCCUGGGCCAGCCCUUAGGAAUGCGGCGACUGCAAGCCAUGCCACGGUCGAUCUUGGUCUUCUCAAUUCCGCGAGGAUCCCUAACACGCCGUACAUGGUUCAGCUGCUUCGACCGAGCGUGGAGGGUGCCCUGAUUCUGAUCUCUACGCCGGUCCGUAUCUUCAACGACACAACAGUUAAUCUGGGGCUGCGCUUCGGCAGUCAGCAUGCGCUGUGGACGAGCUGUGCUGAGAGGAAGUUGCUGUUCGAUCAGCUGCUUCAAGAUCGUGAUCAACAGAUGAAAGAAAUUGCACACCCAGGUGCUGUUCCCUCCUGGCUGAUGCCGCGCGGCUUCGUGAGCGCACCCCUGGAGCCGCCUACGAAGCCGGAGAGUGAGUCGGAAGAUUCGGACGAAGACGAGCUCAGGGAAGAGGACAUGAAUUGGGAGAUGCGCCUGUCUUCGGGUUCGAGCGUGUGGAAGAGGGCCAAGUUGACGCAUGCUUGCAAGUUCUCCAGCAUCCAGCUCGGGUCCGAAAGCGAGAAAUUUUCUGUCCUGGCUGUGUGCGACUACGAAGUCUCGGCCCCCCCAGCUGCAGUGAAUAUGCUCAAUGUGCGGCUCUUGCCCCCUCUGCAGCUGGUGUCUUGCAUGCCCUGUGAUGUGGAAGUCUCUUAUGCGCUCCAGUCGCCUUGGGAGAAGACAGACGAGAAGCACGAGUCGAUCACGCGACUCCUUGAGCAGACAGGAACCAUGCCCAUUUAUGACGUGGAUUUCCCCGGUACGGUGUACAUCCGAGCCCGUCUGGUGCCACAUGGUGAAUGGUCGACCUGGGCAGAACUGCUUCUCGAGGAUGAGGACAUCGGGGAAGAGGAUCGGCUCCUGAGCCGCCUCGAGGGAGAGAUGACGGUGGAGUCCGAGCAUCACGCGGACUUCACGAUGUCCAUCCUGGAUAAGGGCAAUGGCAAGGUGAUGUUGUGCUGCCAGACGUGGCUGAUUGACAGGUGUCACUUGGAUAUGAGUGUCACGGCUGAGAAGAAGCCUUUGGUGGAUGCUGGAGAGGGCCUCCACUUGUGUGGAUCACUUGGAACGAAGUACUGCUUGGAGCGGGACGGCAAGUUUGGCCCAAAUUUCACACUUCCGGCAGGCCUUGCAGACUGGACCGUGACAUCUGCGCCGACAGGGCGAAUGAUGUGCAUUCGUUCGACAGCGCUUGAAGGGCAGGAGGACAACUUGGUCCGAGUUCUCGAGCUGCUGCCGCGUUACGUGGUGGUGAACGAGUUGCCCUUCGAGGUGGAGUUCAGGGCCGGCACCUUCGACGUCAUUGUGGAUGCUUGCAAGACCAUCAUGCCUCGGUUCACGGUGGAAAGCCUGCAGUUCCGCGUCAGAGAAAGGACAUCGACCUGGUCCUCAGAGAUUCCUGUAACGGAGAACUCCGCAGGCUGCUAUAGCAUCUUGCUUGGAGAAGAGUGUUACAUCGUGGAGAUCCGGUCAGACCAUGGUGUCAUGUACUUCAUCGUCCGGGAGGGCAGCAUGUUCCGACUCUCGAACAGCAUUCCUCGUCAAGUUUGCGAGAUUCACGUGCGCAACAUGAUCUUCCGCGCCCACCCUGGCGAAGCUUGUUUCUUCGCUUGGCUGGAUCCGUUUGAUAAGGACAAGGAGCUCGAAGUAGAAUUGGUUAUCGGGGACGAUGACUUCAAGGUGGAUCCUCGAACAGCUUACCGAAAGAAGCUCCGCGGUGGGCUGGAGCUUUACAGCACUUUCGACAAAGACCAUACGAACUUGGAAGUGAGGAUGCGCAGUGAGACGGAGAGUACGGCGAAAACUGUGCUGGAUGUGAUUCUGCCGCGGAUUGGCGUGUCAUUGGUCGGCCGGGUGCAGAGCAGGGUCACGUGCGCCGAGCUGGUCUACAUGGAAAUGGCGAUGCUGUCCAUCUCAGCUGUCAUGAAUCCAAAGGAGGACACGCAGACCCUCAACAUCUCGCUUGGUGAUGUGCAAGUGGAUUACCAGAUGCCGGAGGACAAGGACCAGCAUGCUGUGAUCCUUGGGAACGCAGGGGUCUCCGGUCAUCACCUCGUCCGGCCCGUACUACAACUACAUGUGGAACGUGGGCAGAGUUCCUCCUCCGACAUCCACCUGUGCAAACUCGUGGCACGCCUCGAUCACCUGGAGGUCUCUAUCAGCGAUUCGCUCAUUACGGCCAUGGGUGACUUCAUGGAGCGCUUGCAGCCCAGCAUCACCAACAUGACUGCGGCCGGCUUCGAGAGAAAACACGUCGCAGCGGUACGGGAGAAGGCAGCGAUGAUGUUCGAAGGAAAGGAUCCUGCAAAAAUUCCAAGAGACACUAUCAUCCAGAUUGACCAGUUGUUCAUUGCAGAAGUUCAGAUGAAGAUGUGGGUCUCUGUGAGACUGAAACGGCUUCGGAAUUAUCUUCCGAGCUGGGUUCGAGCAGUCAUAGGCAGUCUGUCCUUGUCCAAGAGCUUCUCCAUGGAGGGUGCCAAUGUCUCGUUGUCGUCGAAGUUUCUGGAGGGCCUCCGUGGCAAGCCAGUGGAUUUGGCAUCAAGCUUCGCGCACGAGUGGAUGGGCAAUAUGAUUCGAGCAGUCUGCUCUGCGCUAGGCCAUUCAUCCCUCAUGGCAAUUCCCAAAGCGCCGAUUGCACUCAUCGGGUCUGCUGGGAAUCUUGCUUCGAGCAAACUCGGAGGUGCCAUGAACAACACCGGUGCAUUCUUUGACAGCAUGACCUUCGACGACGAUUAUGCGUCGCGCCACAACAGGCAUCGGCAGGCAGAGAUCGAAGGCGCCAGCCAGGGAAUGGCCUCAGCCGUGAACAGUCUCGGAGAAGGCCUCAGUGGCCUCUUGGACAUCUUCCGGAAGCCACUCGAGGGCGCGAGAAACCACGGCGUUGGCGGCUUUGUCACGGGAAUCGGGAAGGGAUUGACAAGCUCGGUGAUCAAGGGCGUCAAUGGUGUGGCAGACGCAGCAGCAGACUUGGGCCGUGGGGUAAUGGCGGAGGCUAGCAAGAAGAUCAAGCCUCAACACGGCACUACACUACGAGUGCGCCACCCUCGUGCCCUUUACGGCCCGAUUGGGGCAAUCAUGGACUUCUCGGAGCUCGACAGCCACGUUAUGGCGUACCUGCAGAAGUCCGGCGAAAUCAGUGAACCCGUGGAGGCCAUUGUCCCGCUCUUCAGGUGGCAGCCGCAAGAGUUGCAAGAGGAGGACUCCAGCGAGGAGGAAGAGAGACCCGCUCCGGUCGAGAGUGUCGAGGUCAUGGUCCUGGCACGGAAGUCCUUUUGGAUCGCAGAAGUGCCUCUUACCAGGAUAACUCCGGUACGCUCCUUCUAUCCAGAUGCGGGGCGCAGCUACGGUCGGCCAGACGAGGUAAAAAGCUUGCUGGUGUCACGCCUCGUGCCUCUGGCUCGGGUACAGCCCGACCCAAACGCCGGUAGGUUCCAGAUCCACAAGCAGUUCCCGAUUGCUGCGCUGAAAUCUGUAAAGUGGGCACAGCGGCAGAAUGGGGCCCGUCCGGAUCUGCUGCUGGAGUGCAUGUCGCAAGUUUAUUCCAUCAAGAUGCCGUGGAGUUUGGGCGGCGAUCUCCCGAAAACCAUCCUCAAAGCUUUAGCGGAUGCCAUCCACGUUGGGAAAAUUCAGGUGGAAGAAAUUUCCGACGUUCAAACGGAGGUUCGCCACGGCUUCAUGGGCGACGAGCUGUCCAAUCCCGUACAGGUGACGGAGGAGGCAUGGGAAGUCGAGCGCGCAGCUGUCGCUGCAGGCACCAACAGCUCCUGGCAGAAGCCGUUCCUGCCCACGGAGCCGGAGCACCAGCAAUGUUGGAUGGAUGCAGGCUUGCAAGUACGGCACCCACUUCUGGACCCCCAGCGCUUCGGAAGAAGCACAACAAAGCCGGGCCCUCCGAUGAAGUCGCUGAGACUUUGGAGACCAAAGGGUACGUGGCAGUUGGAAGUGAACCUCGACGAGACGGACGGCGAAGGCUGGGUCUAUGCGCCGAUCUGGGGUUCCACGGACUGGCAGCUCGAACCGCGCGUCUUCAUCGACGUCGUCCGAAAACGCAAGUGGACUUUGACCUACAAGCUCAAUUUCCUGGCCACCGAGACCUUCUUGCCUCCUGUUUGCAAGGGCAUGCUCGACCGUAGGGGAGUAAAGCAUUGCGGAAGAGCUCGGAACUUAUCUGUGUUCAUGACUAGUAUCUGCAGUUCCGAUCUGCACAGCUCGCCGCUCACAGAGCUCACCUUGUUGGCAUAA